UGGAUUCGUUGUUCCCCGUCUCCUACCAAAUCUUGGCUUUCCUUGGGAAGAAGAGACGAGCUAUUCCCACGGUUCUCUUUUGGGAUCGAUCCCUUUCGAUUCCAUUCUUUCUCGGCGGCGAGAUGAAGCUCGCGGGGCUGAAAACGGUGGAGAACGCCCAUGACCAGUCCAUCUGGGCGGCGGCGUGGGUUCCGGCGACGGAGGAGCGGCCGGCGCUUCUCCUGACCGGUUCCCUCGACGAGACGGUCCGGCUCUGGCGUCCCGACGAGCUCGCCCCUGCCGGGCCGCCUUCCCGGGGCCACGCCCUUGGGGUGAUCUCCGUUGCCGCUCACCCGGCCGGCACGGUUGCCGCCUCCGCCUCCCUAGACAGCUUCAUCCGGGUGUUCGACGUCGGUUCCAAUGCCUCCAUUGCCACCCUCGAGGUCCCUCCGUCCGAGGUCUGGAGCAUGCAGUUCGAUCCCAAGGGUACUGUCUUAGCAGUUGCUGGUGGUAGCAGUGCUUCAGUCAAGCUGUGGGACACUUCAACGUGGCAGCUAAUUUCCAACCUUGCUGUUCCACACCCAGAAGGGGCCCGAUCUGAUAGGACUGGUAGUGGCAAAUUUGUGCUUUCUGUUGCAUGGAGUCCUGAUGGCAAACGAUUAGCUUGUGGAUCUAUGGAUGGCACAAUUGCUGUCUUUGAUGGAGCCCAUGCCAAGUUCCUCCACCACCUUGAUGGCCACUCUGGGCCAGUUAGGUCCCUUGUGUUCUCCCCAGUGGACCCCCGUGUGCUCUUCACUGCUUGUGAUGAUACCCAUGUGCGAAUAUACGAUGCAGAUGGGAAGAGCAUAGUUGGGGCUAUGUCAGGCCAUGUCAGCUGGGUGUUGACUGUAGAUGCCAGCCCAGAUGGUGCAGCCAUAGUGACUGGGUCCAGUGAUAAGACGGUUCGUCUUUGGGAUCUCAGCAUGAGAGCUGCAGUGCAAACAAUGACCAACCACUCGGCCCAUGUGUGGGGUGUAGCAUUCCGGCCACCCGGGGGGACAGGUGUACGUGCAGUUCGGCUUGCAAGCGUAUCUGAUGACAAUAGCAUCUCAUUGUAUGAUUACUCAUAAUAUCGACAAAGAUGAUGACAGUGAGCUUGUUAACUGAAGCAGUAGCACUGAGGUGUUCAUGCUUUGUUUCCUAGUUGCUUUACUGAUAAUUCUUUGUCAUACAAAAUCUGACACCCCAUGGAAGAGGGCUAGGCAAAAGUUAGGUUUGUGUACUGUCUGUUAUCUGCUAGUGUGGUAAAGCUAUUUUACUGACUGAAAAUUGGGAACAUCAGUGUAACAUUUUUAUUAAAUGCUGCUUGAAGGGUUUCACUGCA